AUGUGGGUACUGCCUGGGGGCCCCGUGCAGCUGCCCCUGGAGGCGCCGCUAGCUGCUGCAGGGCCAGAGAACUCUUUGCUGCUGCAGAAGCAUCCUUGGGAUGGGCUGUGGGGCCCAGGGCCCCUGCAGCUCCGUGCCCAGCAGCAGCAGCAGCAGCAGCAGCAGCAGUUCCAGCAGCAGCAGCAGCAGCAGCAGCAGGCACGGAGGCCCCUCGGGGAGUUCUGCUGCUGCGGGCGGCUUAUUGCUGCUCCGUUUGAAGUCGAGGCCCCUGAGGGCCGCUGCUUUUCAACAGAAGAAGUAGAUUGCACUGUGGCUUCGCUGCAGCAGCAGCAGCAGCAGCACAGGCGUUUGCUGCUGCUGCAGAGCUGCUGCAGCAGCAGCAGCAGCACAGCCAACGGGGGCUUCUCGCCCCUAUCUAGCAGCCCGUGGAGCAGCCUGGGGGCCUUCAAAGACCCCCAGCAGUGGCCUCCGGGCCCAGCAGCAGCAGCAGCAGCAGCAGCAGCAGCAGCAAGCACUGCUGCUGCUGCUGCUGCUGCUGCUGCUGCGCCUUCCUACGGCUCUGCCGCGCUCCCCCUGGCCCCCCAGCUGCCCCCGCCCCUGGACCCUUUUCUCUGCGCGGCCCUGGCCUCCGAGAGGGGCCCCCUGUGGGGGCCCCCUGGGGGCCCCCCCCUGUGGGGGGCCCCCCCGGGGGGGCCCCUGUGGGGCCCCCCGGGGGGCCCCCAGGGGGGCCCCCAGGGGCCCCUGCGCUCGCUUGACCUGCCCGAGGCGCUGCAGCACCGCAGGCUGCAGCAACCCAUGGACUGGGGGCCCCUCUCUAGUCGAUUUGUUACUUCUUUAGUUUCUACAGUUUAUGUUGCUGCAACAGACCCCACAUGUGCCCCUAUAGGGGAGCCCACGGCCCUGUGGCCGGCGUCUCCGGCGCAGCAGCAGCAGCAGCAGCUGCAGCAGGAGCCGCAGCAGCAGCAGCAGCUGCAGCAGCAGCUCAUGCAGCAGCAGCUGCUGCUCGUGGGCGACGGAGACCUGCGGCCCAUGGACACCCCGAGGUUCCUCGAAGGGGCCCUGGGCGCUGCUGCUGCUGCUGCUGCUGCUGCGGACUUCGGGGGGCCCCCUGCUGCGCUGCUGUCCCCAGCCACAGAGGCGGAGGGGGGCCCCCGUGCUGCGCAGCAAGAAGACCCUAGGGGCCCCCUGCCCUGCCGCAGCAGCGUGACUUGUGUGCAGUUUGCUGCAGCAGACGAGGCGCUGCUGGCUCUGGGGUUUGAGUCGGGGGCCCUGGAGCUGUGGCUGCUGCCGCCCGUGCAGGGAGCAGCAGCAGCAGCAGCAGCAGCAGCUGUGGGGCCCCCCGAGGCAGGGGGCCUCUGCUCGCCUUUAGCUGCUAGCCGCUGCGUUGCUGCUGCUGCUGCUCACUCGCCUGGGGCAGCUCCCUGCGGCACGGAGCAGCGCAGCGCGCUUCUCGAGGCCCUCGCGGCCUUCCAGCAGCAGCCGCAGCAGCAGCAGCAGCAGCAGCAGCAGCAGCAGCAGCACUGCAGCAACUGGGAGGGCCUCAAAGGCUCCCCCGAAGUCUCUGCCCUCAGCUGGCACCCCAAAGAGCUGCUGCUGGCAGCAGCGCAUGCAGAUGGCCGCGUGGAGUUGUGGGAAGUGCAAGUGCAGCGCAGCUGGGCCUCCCCGCCCCACGCAGCAGCAGCAGCAGCAGCAGCAGCAGCAGCAGCAGCAGCUGGAGAGGCCCGAGUGACCCUGCAGCACCUGCACUCCUUCCUCUUCGCCUGCCCGCUCUUGGGGCCCUCUCUGCUGGUCCAAAGCGCCCUGGGGCCCCUCCCAGGGGGGCCCCCCGAGGCAGCAGCAAGGGGGCCCCCCGAAGCAGCAGCAGGGGGGCCCCCGGGGGCCUCCCACGCUGUGCUGCACUCCCCCUGCUGCUUAGUGUGGGGCCCCGAGGGCGACAGCUUGGCUGUUGGCAGCAGAGAGGGGGCCCUUCUUUUGUGGUCUUUGGGGGCCCUCAGGCAGUACUACAGGGCUGCUGCAGCUGCCCACAGCAGCAGGGGCCCCCUGGGGGGCCCCCCCGGGGGCCCCCUGGGGGGCCCCCCGGGGGCACCCCACCCGCAGGACCCUCUUCCGGGGCCCUUCAGGGGGCCCCUCUCCCACCUGCAGCAGCUGCAGGGCGAUGAGGGGGGAGUGGGGGCCCCCAGGUUGGGGGGGGCCCCCCCGGCCCUGGGGGCCCCGGGGGCCCCCGAGGCCCCGGAGGCCCCGGAGGCCCUAGAAGAAAUGGGGGCCCCCGGGGGCCCCCUGCAGGGCCCCAAGGGGCCCCGGAUGAGAGAUGGGUCUUCUCUGAAGACCCUCAGCACUGCCUCUACGCAGCCCUCCAGCAAUUCGCCCCCGGACACCCCGCUGGGCAGAGACGCGCAGCAGCAGCAGCAGCAGCAGCAGCAGCAGCAGCAGCAGCAGCUUGAGGGCAGCACAGGCUGCUCCGAAGGUAGCGCGGACGAGGGGGGGCCCCCAAGGCCUCCCAGCGCCCUCAAGGGGCCCCCCCCUGACCUGGGGGGCCCCGCUGCAGCUGCAGCAGACCCUCUGGGGCUGCUGCAGAGCUUUUUGCCCCUCUUUGGGGGCCCCAAGCUGCUCCUCUAUGAGCCUGAGGGGGCCCCUGGCAGCUUCCCGAGGGGCUGCAGCGAAGGCGGGGGGGCCCCGGGGGCCCCUGGGGCCCCCGGGGCCCCCGGGGCUCCCGGGGCCCCCGGGGCCCCAGGGGCCCCCGGGGCCCCCGGGGCCCCAGGGGCCCCAGGGGCCCCCAAGGCCCUUGUUUGUGGGUCUUGGCAGCUGGGAGUUUCUUCUUUUGUCUUGGGGGCCCAUGGGGGUCGAGUUCGUUGUUUGUCUUUUUGCAUGCAUGACCCCCGGGUGCUGCUGUCUUCUGGGGACACUGCAGCAGCAGCGCGAAGCCCGGGAGCAGCAGCAAGCUGCAGCAGCAGCAGCAGCAGCAGCUGCGGCAGCAGCAGGCUCAAGGCCUGGAUCAGAGAUGCCAGCGCUAUCCACCCGACUCCGCUUCUGGAUAUUUACAUGGAAGGAAUUACCACUUCUAUGCUCUGGAGCAAAUUUACCGGAGACCUGCUGCUUUCCCACAGCUGGCGGAGGCCCUGCGGGGGCCCCGAGGGGGCCCCCCUGGGGGCCCCCCAGGGGGGCCCCCAGGGGCCCCCAAGGAGGGGCAGGUCUUUGGGGCAUAAGGGCCGCGGGGGCGUCACUGUGUGGUGCUACUUAGGAGACGGCGGACAAGCCCUGCUGGAAUCGCAGCAGCAGCAGCAGCAGCAGCAGCGGCAGCAGCAGCGGGCGGGCAGGAGAGGGUUCGGGGGGGACUGGGGGCCCUCAGGGGGCCCCCCGGGGGCCCCCGACUGCUCGGCGCUGCUGCAGCCGCUGCUGCUGAAAGUUGGGGGUUUUGGCGAGCGGCCUGUGCGGCGGGACAGCAGCGGCAGAAGCAGCAGCAGCAGCAACCCUCUGAGCCCCACAGCAGCAGCAGCAGCAGCAGCAGACUCAGGGCUGCCGGGGGCCCCCCCGCUGCCCCCUGCGGGGCCCCGAGGGCCCCCUCGGAGCCGCCUGAGCCCCUACGGGGUUUCCCCCCACUUAGGCUCUCUCUACGGGGGCUGGGGGGGCCCCCCGGGAGGCCGGGGCAGGGCCUCCGCGGGGGCCCCCUGGGGGCCCCUGGGGGGGCCCCUCGGGGGGCCCCUCGGGGGGCCCCUCGGGGGCCCCCUGGGGGGGCCCCGGGGGGCCCCCCAGACCCAAGAGUACCCUGAGGCCCAGCCCUCAGGGGGCUACACAGACACAGACAACGCCGCUAGUUUAGUGCAGAGUGCAGAUGGCCGAGUGGUAGCGUACUGGUCGCUCCCCGCUGAGACAAUAGCUGUGUGGGCCCUAGGGUCCAAGAGGGGGCCCCCGGGGGCCCCCCAGGGGGCCCCGCCGGGGGCCCCCCGGGGGGCCCCCCGGGGGGCCCCCAGGGGCGGCGGCGCGGGGGCCCCCUCGGGGGGCCCCCUGGACUGGCUCUCAGAGCCAGAGGGGGACUGGUGA